GACGCCUUCACCUUAGACCCGGAAGACCCGAGAGGGGAGAACCCUUCCACCACCUGAGUGUCCCACUCCAUGGAGGAGGUAAGAGAAAAAGGUGUAUCACAAGAGUCACGACGUGACUCGGUCUCCAAGAAGCAAAGACUGCGGCGCGAGAGAGUCGCCAUAUUUUUUUAUUUUUUUUGAAGCGCGCGCCUCUUUCUCGCACGCUUCAAGUCCCGCCCACCUGGUUUCCUGCGUCUUCAUUGGACAAUGUUCCUGAAAGACACGCUCUCAAUACGUUCAGCGCCUGCGUAUUGGUUAGGUUUGCGGAAUAGCGGUCUUCAGCCAAUCACGCUACUGGCCCGCAUUGGAAACCCCACCCUCGAGGCAGUUCAACCAAUGGACUUACAGCAGUCUUCAUUUUUAAACUCAAUAUAUAAGUCGGCUUGUCAACGUCUCGGGUGGCGCCAGUUUUGAGCCGCUCUGUUUUGAGUUGUGUGGCUGUUUUUCUGGGAAUCACCGAGAUUGCAGAACGCGAUGACCGUCCCCUCUGCAGAGGAGCUGGACUCCUUCAAGUACAGCGACCUGCAAAAUUUAGCCAAAAGGCUGGGCCUCCGGGCUAACAUGAAGGCAGACAAGUUGUUAAGAGCCUUGAAAGCACACCUGAAUCCAGAAACAAGGAAAGAAAAUAAAAAUCAGGAUGAAAAUCAAUCUGCAUUCUCCAUUGAUGAGACUGAGAUACACGUUAGCAGUGAGGAGCAAGCUGAGACGGAAUCAGAUGGUCAUGUCACCAAAACGAGGAGGAGGAGGAGGAGGAAGCACAAGACCGUCCAUGGAAUUCCUACCUCCCAGAAUUUGUUGCAGGAUGAUUUGGAGAUGAAAGGAACUGAUAGUAGUAACUUCCAAAAUCAAGAAAAUCAGGAAAAUCAAGACCCCAGAGAUACAGCAGAAGUUCCUUCUCUGCCGGAGCAGAGGCCAGAGGACGGCAAUGCAGCUUCUUCAGGAGAAGGAGAAGUAAAUGACAGUAAAGAUUCAAAGAAGCCUUUAGAAAAAAGAUCUCUAUGCACGGAUGAGUUUUCUAAACUUGGGAACAAUAAAAGGACUUCAGCCACGACACCAAACUUUAAGAAGCUUCAUGAGGCUCAUUUUAAGAAAAUGGAAUCCAUUGAUGAAUAUAUUGUGAGGAAAAAGAAACACCUUAAAGAACACAGUUCACUUAAUGAACUAAAGCUUGACAAAAAAGGGAUCUUGACCCCAGUUCCUCCAAGAGGAAGACUCUCUGUACCCUGUACUCCUGCCAGGCAGCAGUGCCCACAAGGCCACUCCGCAACUAAAAUGAAUGUCAGGUUUUCAGCUGCUACUAAAGACAAUGAACAUAAGUGCUCACUGACCAAGACACCAGCCAGAAAGUCUCCACGUGUGACUGCACCUGGGAGUGCUUCAAAAGGCCCGGCUGUGCUCAGGACACCCAAGUCAAAGGCCACUGAAAGGACUUCUACUGCAGUUAUUACCCCAUUCAAGUUGAUGACUGAAGCAACACAGACUCCAGGUUCUAGUAAGAAACCAGUAUUUGAUCUCAAAGCAAGCUUGUCUCGUCCCCUCAACUACAAGCCACACAAAGGAAAGCUGAAACCUUGGGGACAAACUGAAGAGAACAAUUCUCUGAAGGAACGCGUAAGCAGAGUUACCUUCCACAGGAAAACUUACAAACAACCUCAUCUCCAAACCAGGGAAGAACGAUGGAAGAGACAUGAGCAAGAACGAAAGGAGAAGAAAGAAAAGCUUUUGGAAGCUCGAAGAAACCUGGGUGUGACUAAAGCCCAGUGACCCUGUCUGUUCCUUUACUCUAACUUGUUUUCUUUUGUAUGUUUUUUACUCUUUCUCUACUUCAGUCAAAAGCUCUUUUCUAUCAUAACUUUUGGUCAUAAUUUGUGUAGUGUCUCUUCUGUGCUAUAUCUGAGAAUAUAUUAUCACCUUAAAAUUCAUAACUAAAGUAGUUUUCAUCUAAUGUCUUAUACAUCUCUAAUUUUUAAAAGACUUGUCCUCAUUCUUAACAGAGGUUUUUCAUGUCAAGGUCCUGAUAAUUCCGAGGGAGAUGACCUGCACCCUUUUCUGCACAAGCUGUAGCAGAAUCUUAGCAUGAGAAAAUAAGAUAUCGCUCAUAGGAAAAGGGAGGCUGGAAGACCACAUUUUUGUUCAGUAGCCUGGAAAAUCUAUUAGUCUUAUUGAAAUCUUAUUUUAUCAAGGUAAAAAGUUUUAGCUUAUAAGAGCCUUAUUCUGACUUUUCAUGUAUUUGCCUUCUGUCACUCAUUAUAAUCCUAAACUAGAAAACCUCUACUCUCUACUUGUUAAAUAAAAGCCACAGGGCAAAGGGUGGGUCUUAGUUGUACAGCACUCAUCUAUCACACACCUGUCCCUGAACUGUACCACCAAAACCAAAGCUGAGGAUUGCUGCUGUAAGAAUUACUGUCAUUGGCAGACAUUUUUUCUUUCAAGUAGUAAAGAGAGAGGAAAGCUGUAAAGGGUGACCUUCUGAUCUUUGCUCUGCCGUGUAGAGAUUCUGAGAUGUGUGUGAUGCUUACAAUGUUCAUAAAUAAAAAUUGUUCACUGUGA